UGGCAUUUGCAUUUCAUUGAUGAUUCUGUCCUAAGUCAAUUAAAGAAUGGGCAUGGGAGCAUGAAAUUUGUGGAAACAUGAAAGUUGUGCUCUCUCUAUCUGUUUUAAGUUCUUAAAUAAGAUGGUCAUUUACCACAACAAAACCAGAUGUGAUAGCAUGUUAAACGAAGUAUGUCUUCGUAAAUCAUCAUCAACUUGAUUGUGGACUUAUAGAAAGACAAGUAAUGAUAUUUAUUUUAUUUUACAUCUUCUUCUAGUUAGUACUAAAUUUUGUGGUUCUAACAUAAUUCCAGCCAUUCAAUUUCCACCCUUAGAUAAAUAUAUCCACGUCAGAGGAUAUAAUCCAUAUCAACCAAUAGCAUUCACUUCAUCAGAUAACUGUACAUCCUAUCAUCACAUAAACAAUCGCAAGUAUACACCACUCAUUUAUACAAAGAAAUUAACUUCUUUACUACUCUAUCCACAACCUCACAUAUUAAAACCCCAUCAACCCCUUAUCACCUUUUCUUGAUUCCAAAUUUUCGAUCACAAAAGCAACAAACAUCAUAUCUAGUUAUUAACAAUGGCCACUGUCACCUCUGCUGCUGUUGCUAUCCCAUCUUUCACUGGCCUCAAGGCUUGUGCUUCCUCAUCUUCCAGAGUUAGCACUGCCUCAGCCAAGGUGGCGACCACCCCGGUCGCCAGAUUGGCCGUUAAGGCGUCUUUGAAAGACGUUGGUGCUGUCGUUAUUGCGACAGCUGCAAGCGCGAUGCUCGCUAGCAAUGCGAUGGCUAUUGAAGUGUUGCUUGGUGGUGAUGAUGGAAGCCUUGCUUUUGUUCCUGGAACCUUCAGCGUUAACUCUGGUGAGACAAUUACAUUCAAGAACAAUGCCGGGUUCCCCCACAACGUCGUAUUCGAUGAAGAUGAAAUCCCAGCUGGUGUGGAUGCAAGUAAGAUUUCAAUGGGUGAAGAGGAUCUUCUGAAUGCACCAGGAGAGACUUACAGUGUCACUUUGAGUGAGAAAGGAACCUACAGUUUCUAUUGUUCUCCUCACGCGGGAGCUGGAAUGAAGGGCCAAGUCACUGUUAACUAAUUUUUGUCACCUCUAUAUCAUGUAAAAGUUGAUUUGAAUUCCCAUCCAUUUCAACAUUUUCUUUUAAUAUUGCCCUUUUCUUUUUGAGGUAAGCAUAUUUAUGGAUGUAAUAUCAUUUUGUGAUAUUAAUAACAACUUUUUUGGGCUGUAA